AUGAGACCAUGUUGUAACAGCACACACCUGUACGCCAGUGACCACCUCAUCGUCCGCAGGGGCCAGGAGUUCCAGCUCAAAGUGUCCUUUGACCAUCCUUACAAACCCUCCGAUGACCAGUUCGCUGUGGAGUUUGUCAUUGGUGAGAUAAACAAAUCCCCACCUAAAAAGCUUCCCAGGAUAAAAAAUAUCUGACUCUGUAUCCAUAGUUCCCUGUUUAGAAGCAGUACAAAAAGUAAUGCCAUGAAAGAAAUGUACACUGGUAAAUGCUCCUGCCAUUUUUUAUGUAACAGCUUGAAACAUAAUCAAACUAAGGAGGGAUUCAACAGAGUGAAUGUAGUACUGUAUCUAUCUUUCUUUCUUGAAUCAGUGGUUAGGUCUACCAUAGCUCUAGUCCAGGGUGUUACCAUAGCUCUAGUCCAGGGUGUUACCAUAGCUCUAGUCCAGGGUGUUACCAUAGCUCUAGUCCAGGGUCUUACCGUAGCUCUAGUCCAGGGUGUUACCAUAGCUUUAGUCCAGGGUGUUACCAUAGCUCUAGUCCAGGGUGUUACCAUAGCUCUAGUCCAGGGUGUUACCAUAGCUCUAGUCCAGGAUCUUACCGUAGCUCUAGUCCAGGGUGUUACCAUAGCUCUAGUCCAGGGUGUUACUAUAGCCCUAGUCCAGGAUGUUACCAUAGCUCUAGUCCAGGAUGUUACCAUAGCUCUAGUCCAGGGUUUUACCAAAAGCUCUAGUCCAAGGUGUUACCAUAGCUCUAGUCCAGGAUGUUACUAUAGCUCUAGUCCAGGAUGUUACCAUAGCUCUAGUCCAUGGUGUUACUAUAGCUCUAGUCUUUUUAGUCCAGGAUGUUUAUAUAGCUCUAGUCCAGGAUGUUACCAUAGCUCUAGUCCAUAGCUCUAGUCCAGGGUGUUACCGUAGCUCUAGUCCAGGAUGUUACUAUAGCUCUAGUCCAGGAUGUUACCAUAGCUCUAGUCCAGGGUGUCACCAUAGCUCUAGUCCAGGAUGUUACCAUAGCUCUAGUCCAGGGUGUUACCAUAUCUCUAGUCCAGGGUGUUACUAUAGCUCUAGUCCAGGAUUUUACCAUAGCUCUAGUCCAUAGCUCUAGUCCAGGAUGUUACCAUAGCUCUAGUCCAGGAUUUCACUAUAGCUCUUGUCCAGGAUGUUACCAUAGCUCUAGUCCAGGGUGUUACCAUAGCUCUAGUCCAGGGUGUUACUAUAGCUCUAGUCCAGGAUGUUACCAUAGCUCUAGUCCAGGGUGUCACCAUAGCUCUAGUCCAGGAUGUUACCAUAGCUCUAGUCCAGGGUGUUACCAUAUCUCUAGUCCAGGGUGUUACUAUAGCUCUAGUCCAGGAUUUUACCAUAGCUCUAGUCCAUAGCUCUAGUCCAGGAUGUUACCAUAGCUCUAGUCCAGGAUUUCACUAUAGCUCUUGUCCAGGAUGUUACCAUAGCUCUAGUCCAGGGUUUUACCAUAGCUCUAGUCCAGGAUGUUACUAUAGCUCUAGUCCAGGAUGUUGCCAUAGCUCUAGUCCAGGGUUUUACCAUAGCUCUAGUCCAGGAUGUUACUAUAGCUCUUGUCCAGGAUGUUACCAUAGCUCUAGUCCAGGGUGUUACCAUAGCUCUAGUCCAGGAUGUUACCAUAGCUCUAGUCCAUAACUCUAGUCCAGGGUGUUACUAUAGCUCUAGUCCAGGAUGUUGCCAUAGCUCUAGUCCAGGGUUUUACCAUAGCUCUAGUCCAGGAUGUUUCUACAGCUCUAGUCCAGGAUGUUACCAUAGCUCUAGUCCAUAGCUCUAGUCCAUGGUGUUACCAUAGCUCUAGUCCAGGAUGUUACUAUAGCUCUAGUCCAGGAUGUUACCAUAGCUCUAGUCCAUGGUGUUACUAUAGCUCUAGUCCAGGAUGUUAGUAUAGCUCUAGUCCAGGAUGUUACCAUAGCUCUAGUCCAGGGUUUUACCAUAGCUCUAGUCCAUGGUGUUACCAUAGCUCUAGUCCAGGAUGUUACUAUAGCUCUAGUCCAUGGUGUUACUAUAGCUCUAGUCCAGGAUGUUACCAUAGCUCUAGUCCAUGGUGUUACUAUAGCUCUAGUCCAGGAUGUUUCUAUAGCUCUAGACCAGGAUGUCACCAUAGCUCUAGUCCAUAGCUCUAGUCCAGGGUGUUACCAUAGCUCUAGUCCAGGAUGUUACCAUAGCUCUAGUCCAUAGCUCUAGUCCAGGGUGUUACCAUAGCUCUAGUCCAGGAUGUUACUAUAGCUCUAGUCCAGGAUGUUACCAUAGCUCUAGUCCAUGGUGUUACUAUAGCUCUAGUCCAGGAUGUUACUAUAGCUCUAGUCCAGGAUGUUACCAUAGCUCUAGUCCAGGGUGUUACCAUAGCUCUAGUCCAGAAUGUUACCAUAGCUCUAGUCCAGGGUGUUACCAUAUCUCUAGUCCAGGGUGUUACUAUAGCUCUAGUCCAGGAUUUUACCAUAGCUCUAGUCCAUAGCUCUAGUCCAGGAUGUUACCAUAGCUCUAGUCCAGGAUGUUACUAUAGGGCUAGUCCAGGGUGUUACCAUAUGUUUAGUCCAGGGUUUUACCAUAGCUCUAGUCCAAGAUGUUACCAUAGCUCUAGUCCAUGGUGUUACUAUAUCUCUAGUCCAGGAUGUUACCAUAGCUCUAGUCCAUAACUCUAGUCCAGGGUGUUACUAUAGCUCUAGUCCAGGAUGUUGCCAUAGCUCUAGUCCAGGGUUUUACCAUAGCUCUAGUCCAGGAUGUUACUAUAGCUCUUGUCCAGGAUGUUACCAUAGCUCUAGUCCAGGGUGUUACCAUAGCUCUAGUCCAGGAUGUUACUAUAGCUCUAGUCCAGGAUGUUACCAUAGCUCUAGUCCAUAACUCUAGUCCAGGGUGUUACUAUAGCUCUAGUCCAGGAUGUUGCCAUAGCUCUAGUCCAGGGUUUUACCAUAGCUCUAGUCCAGGAUGUUUCUACAGCUCUAGUCCAGGAUGUUACCAUAGCUCUAGUCCAUAGCUCUAGUCCAUGGUGUUACCAUAGCUCUAGUCCAGGAUGUUACCAUAGCUCUAGUCCAUGGUGUUACUAUAGCUCUAGUCCAGGAUGUUACUAUAGCUCUAGUCCAGGAUGUUACCAUAGCUCUAGUCCAGGGUUUUACCAUAGCUCUAGUCCAUGGUGUUACCAUAGCUCUAGUCCAGGAUGUUACUAUAGCUCUAGUCCAGGAUGUUACCAUAGCUCUAGUCCAUGGUGUUACUAUAGCUCUAGUCCAGGAUGUUUCUAUAGCUCUAGACCAGGAUGUCACCAUAGCUCUAGUCCAUAGCUCUAGUCCAGGGUGUUACCAUAGCUCUAGUCCAGGAUGUUACCAUAGCUCUAGUCCAUAGCUCUAGUCCAGGGUGUUACCAUAGCUCUAGUCCAGGAUGUUACUAUAGCUCUAGUCCAGGAUGUCACCAUAGCUCUAGUCCAUGGUGUUACUAUAGCUCUAGUCCAGGAUGUUACUAUAGCUCUAGUCCAGGAUGUUACCAUAGCUCUAGUCCAGGGUGUUACCAUAGCUCUAGUCCAGAAUGUUACCAUAGCUCUAGUCCAGGGUGUUACCAUAUCUCUAGUCCAGGGUGUUACUAUAGCUCUAGUCCAGGAUUUUACCAUAGCUCUAGUCCAUAGCUCUAGUCCAGGAUGUUACCAUAGCUCUAGUCCAGGAUGUUACUAUAGGGCUAGUCCAGGGUGUUACCAUAGGUUUAGUCCAGGGUGUUAAUGCGAAGGCUCGGUGUAAGGUGAAGUUGCUGAUCUGGGGUCAGUUUUGCAUACUCCCCACUAAUGGUUAAAGGUCCAAAGCAGCCGUUUGUAGCUCAAUAUCAAAUCAUUUCUGGGUAACAAUUAAAUACCAUACUAUGAUCGUUUUCAAUUAAAAUGGUCAAUAAGAAACAAAAAUAGCUGCUCAGUAAAGAGCAAUUUCUCAAGCAAGAAUAUUGCUAGGACUGUCUGGGAGUGGAUUGAGUGGGGAGGGGAAAACUGAAAUUGAGCUGUUAUUGGCGGAGAAGUUUGGAACUCUCUUUCUUAGUGGUCUAUUAACUAAUUUAACACCUGGUGAUGCCACCAUGUAAGGCCAAAACUCCAUCCCAGCAAAAUUGGCAGAAAUUUCAGGGGGUCUUUUCAAACAGCUCUUACACUAAAAGGGCAUUAUCAUCAUUUUCACAAUUUCACAGUAUUAUUCCAACCUCAUAGUAUGGAAAUAUAUAUAAAACACAGGAAAUCAAGUUUUGGACUGCACUGGGCCUUUAAGGCUACGAUUGGGGAAGAGGGAGCUGAUCCUAGAUGAAACUUCACCCCGGAGCGGAAGGCUCAGUGUUAGCAAGCUAGCAAGACAUGUCAUUCCUCUUGUUCCUCCAAUCCACCAGGGGGCAGUACCCAGUUUAGUAAGGGCACCUACAUCCUUGUGUCUGCGGCCAAGGACCGCCAGAGCCCGUGGGCCGGCCGGGUGGUGGACAGCACCGACAAUGUAGUCACAGUGGGCAUCACCCCUGCGCCAGACUGCAUUGUGGGAAAGUGGCGCACGUACGUGGCGGUGGUGACGCCCUACGGAAUCCGCAGGACCAGGAGGGAUGAGAGUCGAGACCUCUACGUCCUCUUCAACCUCUACGUCCCACAUCAGUUGUUGUGCUGAUUGAUUUAUUGAAUGAUUGAUUGAUUGGGAUUGAUUGAUCAAGCUACCUCUAUCUUGUUUAAAAACAUACAUUCUGAUCAUAGAAUGUAGAAUUCCAUUCUAAUGUUCUGUUUUCCUUCCACCAGCUGAUUCUGUGUUCCUGGAUGAUGACGAGGAGAGGGAGGAGUGUGUUCUCAACGAGGUGGGGGUCAUCUACCAUGGGGCAUAUGACCACGUGUCUGAGCGGCCCUGGAACUUUGAUCAGGUACAUAUCAUUUUACAUUGUUUGGACAAUAUUUAAAACACAUCAUUUCAUAGUGCACUGUGUACUAUGUCUCUUAAUUAAGCUAUGCUGUAUCGUGAAUAUAGUCACAGAUAAAUGGGGUUGGUUGGCCCGACGUGCAACAGAGAUUUUCCACACGUAUUGCUUUGAAUACAAAGACUGACUACAAAACCCUCAUACACAUAUUUACAAGUGAAUCCUCAAUUUUAAACGUUGCUUGUUGCAGUUUGACUAUGGGGUGCUGGAUACCUGUCUGUUCAUCAUGGAUAAAGCUGCCAUGCCCAUCACCAACCGGGGCGACGCCAUCAAAGUAGCCCGGAAGGCCUCAGCCAUGGUGAGGGUUACCACCAGUCAAUGAAACACAGAGAACCCAUUCAGAUAGCAACAUUCUUACAACCUUUUCACAUAGUAGAUUUAUAAGUAAAACUCAAUGGAGGCAUACGUAGAAGACAGAUUUAUACAGAAGACAGAUUUAUACAAAAGACAGAUUUGUACAGAAGACAGAUUUAUACAGAAGACAGAUUUGUACAGAAGACAGAUUUAUACAGAAGGUACAGAUUUAUACAGAAGGUACAGAUUUAUACAGAAGGUACAGAUUUAUACAGAAGACAGAUUUAUACAGAAGACAGAUUUGAACUUGCAACUCAAUGUAGGCUUUUAAAAGGUGCACUACUUUUGACCAUGGCCAAUAAAGCUCUGGUUAAAGAAGUGCACUAUAAAGGGAAUUGGGUGCCAUUUAGGACGCAAACUACAGCAUUUUCGCCUCUCUUUCUCCCAGCUGAACUCUCAUGAAGACAACGGGGUGCUGGUGGGGAACUGGAGCGGUGAUUACACCUACGAAGUGGCACCCACUUCAUGGACAGGAAGUACUGAGAUCCUCCUCAACUACUACAGCAGCAAGAUGCCCGUCUGCUACGCCCAGUGCUGGGUCUAUGCUGCCGUCCUCAACACCUGUGAGACCCGCAACACUACCAUUCAUCCCUUAGUACAAUGUUUUCCAAUCCAGUGUUUUCCAAGCCAUUCAUACUAAGGUAAUGUCUCCCAAUCCUGGACAUGUGGACCCAAAGGUGUGCACAUUUUUGUUUUUGCAACUAGCACUAAGACACCUGAUUCUAAACAAAGGCUUGAUGAUGAGAUGAUUAGUUGAAUCAGGUGUAUUAGUACUAGAGCAAAAACAAAAAUGUGCACUCCUUUGGGUCUCCAGGACCAGGAUUGGGAGACAUUGCCUUAAUAUGAAUGGCUAUACCACCCAGUAAUAGAGAAUGAAGAGUGUUCUAUAUUGUGUUAGAAUACGGGUGGGUGGGGUGCAGUAGUAGUCUACGGUUUGAAUUGCCAAGCUGUUGCUGUUUAGUUUAUUGUCACAAACAUAAUUUUAUCUACUUAUUCCCCUCUUUGAUGUGCAGAAUUCCUUAUAUUUUUUUGUAUUUGCUGAUUAAAUCAUUUUCCUUCCCUUCCCCCUCCCCAGUCCUGCGCUGUCUGGGCAUCCCCAUCAAGGUUGUCACCAACUUCUACUCUGCCCACGACAACGAUGGCAACCUGAAGACUGAUGUUAUCUUGGAUGAGAAUAGGAGAAUUGACAAGCACCGCACCAAGGACUCCAUCUGGUAGAACUGAUUCAGAGUGACAGACGAUGUUUCUGCGCUGAACUAGGUUGAAUAUUUGCUUAAUGAAUACUACAACUCCCUUCAGCACCGCAUCCCACAUAGUUCGAUUUUAUUAUUCUCGUGAAUGAUUAGAUUUCUCUCUAGAGAAACGGCACGUUGGGGGGGUUAAUCGCUCAGCACUACUUAAUUUGGUAGAACUGAUUCAGUGACAGACAAUGCUUGAAAUCACCUUCUGAUUUGAAUUGACCAUUUAAAAACACAAUUCAUCGACGAGAGUGCAUACACUGCAUUUAAAAUCAUUGGAUGUUACAGUGAAGUGAUGGGAUGGUUGUGUUACCAUAGGAACUACCAUUGCUGGAACGAGUGCUACAUGAGCAGGCCAGACCUUCCUCAAGGGUUUGGGGGCUGGCAGGCUGUGGAUGCUACACCCCAGGAGACCAGCGAUGGUAAGGUGUUCCCAAGUACACCCACGUGCGCACACACACAUGCACGAGUACACUUGUACUGACCGUGUUAGAAUUUUUAUAUCACCAUGUUCUAAAAUUGCUACACUUUGUUCGAUAAUUUAAGAGGUAAUAGCUAUGUUAUACUGUACUAGCUGUACUACUACUUAUUUGUAAUAAAAUACCUAAUGUGUCUUUCUAUAGGGAUGUACAGGUGUGGCCCAGCAUCCGUCCAGGCCAUCAAACACGGACAGAUCUGCUUCCCGUUCGACGCACCAUUCGUGUUUGCUGAGGUAAAGACUAUAACGAUGAGCCACCCUAGUGGAGCAGUACACUAACUGCACAGGACAGUAUACUAAAUGUUUCAACCCCUACUGGCCACUUACCAAGAAAGCUAAUUUCUAGUUUGCAUCAGUUUGAAUCAGUGAACUCUCAGUCUAACAGUGAAUAUACAGUACCUAUACACAUUUUGGUAAUAUAUAUGGUUAAAUAUAUGGUAAUACAUAUGGUAAUAUAUAUGGUUAUAUACAGUGCCUUCGGAAAGUAUUCAGACCCCUUGACUUUUCCACAUUUUGUUACGUUACAGCCUUAUUCUAAAAUGGAUUAAAUAUUAUUUUUUUCAUCAAUCUAAAAACAAUACCACAUAAUGACAAAGCAACAUCUGAUUUCUAUAUAUAUACAUUUUUUGCAAAUUAUAAAACAUAAAAAACUGAAAUGUCACAUUUACAUAAGUAUUCAGACCCUUUACUCAGUACUUUGUUGAAGCACCUUUGGCAGAGAUUACAGCCUCGAGUCAUCUUGGGUAUGACGCUACAAGCUUGGCACAGCUGUAUUUGGGGAGUUUCUCCAAUUUCUCUCUGCAGAUCCUCUCAAGCGCUGUCAGGUUGGAUGGUGAGCGUCGCUGCACAGCUAUUUUCAGGUCUCUCCAGAGAUGUUCGAUCGGGUUCAAGUCCGGGCUCUAGCUGGGCCACUCAAGGACAUUCAGAGACUUUUCCGAAGCCACUUCUGCGUUGUCUUGGCUGUGUACUUAGGGUCGUUGUCCUGUUGGAAGGUGAACUUUCGCCCCAGUCUGAGGUCCUGAGCACUCUGGAGCUCUGGAGUACUUUACUCCGUUCAUCUUUGCCUCAAUCCUGACUAGUCUCCCAGUCCCUGCCGCUGAAAAACAUCACCACAGCAUAAUGCUGCCACCACCAUGCUUCACUGUAGGGAUGGUGCCAGGUUCCUCCUGAAGUGACGCUUGGCAUUCAGGCCAAAGAGUUCAAUCUUGGUUUCAUCAGACCAGAGAAUCUUGUUUCUCAUGGUCUGAGAGUCUUUAGGUGCCUUUUGGCAAACUCCAAGCGGCCUGUCAUGUGCCUUUUACUGAGGAGUGGCUUCCGUCCGGCCACUCUAGGUCUGAUUGGUGGAGUGCUGCAGAGAUGGUUGUCCUUCUGGAAGGUUCUCCCAUCUCCACAGAGGAAGUCUAGAGCUCUGUCAGAGUGACUAUCGGGUUCUUGGUCACCUCCCUGACCAAGGCCCUUCUCCCCCGAUUGCUCAGUUUGGCCGGGUGGCCAGCUCUUGGAAGACUCUUGGUGGUUCCAAACUUCUUCCAUUUAAGAAUGAUGGAGGCCACUGUGUUCUUGGGGACCUUCGAUGCUGCAGACAUUUUUUGGUACUCUUCCCCAGAUCUGUGCCUCGACACAAUCCUGUCUCGGCGCUCUACGGACAAUUCCUUCAAUCUCAUGGCUUGGAUUUUGCUCUAACAUGCACUGUCAACUGUGGGACCUUAUAUAGACAGGUGUGUGCCUUUCCAAAUCAUGUCCGAUCAAUUGAAUUUACCACAGGUGGACUCCAAUCAAGUUGUAGAAACAUCUCAAGGAUGAUCAAUGGAAACAGGAUGCACCUGAGCUCAAUUUCGAGUCUCAUAGCAAAGGAAAGGGUCUGAAUACUUGUAAAUAAAGUGUUUUUUAUUUUUAAUAUAUUUGCAAAAGAUUCUAAAAACCAGUCUGCGCUUUGUCAUUAUGGGGUAUUGUGUGUAGAUUGAGGGGGAAAAAAUAUGGCUGAGACAUAACAAAAUGUGGAAAAAUUGAAGGGGUCUGAAUACUUUCCGAAUGCAUUGUAUAUGACCAUGUAUUACAUUAUUACAUAUAUGACCAAAUAUAUGACUAAAUAUAUGACCAAAUAUAUGACUAAUUGACUAAUUACUGGUGUUUUACAUGAUGAACCUGUCCCAUUCGUCCUGUGCUGUAGGUGAACAGUGAUGUGGUGUUCUACUCACGGAACCCCAGAGACGGAACCCUGGAGCCUGUCAGGGUCAACAGCAGCCAUGUUGGCAGGAUGGUGGUGACCAAAGUGCCCGGCCAGGACGCUCGCCGUGACAUCACUGAUCAGUACAAGUUCCCUGAGGGUAGGAGAAGAGGGAUGGAGGGAGAAUCACAGAGCAAACACUUAAAGGGCCGGUUUCCCAGACAUGGAUUGAGCCUAUAGUCCUGGAAUAAAAGGGAUGCUAUAUCGAGAAUAUCCAUUGGAAGUGUUUUAAAGUCCAGAACUAGGUUUCAUCUGUGUCUGGAAAACCGGCCCAAAAAGUGUCAGUCUGUGUCAGUUCCUGCUCACUCCUCUGUGUCAUAAAAAGUAGUAACUCCCCACCAUAUCUGACUUUCCAUCACGUGAAUCUUACCCCCUAAAGAAGAUAACAAAAUGUAAAAAGAAGAGGUUUUGUCUCUUUGUAAAUGGGGUACCAACACUCUAGAAACUCAGAUUUUACUUCUGAGAGAGACCUAAUAAUCUCUCCCUCUCGUCUGUGGUGUCCCACAUCAACAGGUAGUCCUGAGGAGCGCACGGUGCUGGAGAAGGCAGAGGAGUACGGCUGUCACCGUGAGAAGGCCACCCCUCCGGAGGCUGACGUGGAGCUGGACAUGCCCCUGAUCGAGGUGAGGGUGUGGGACGACUUUGAGCUGAAGCUGGAGUUCAACAACACGAGUGACCAGGUGCGUACUGUGGACGUGUACAUCAGUGGCAACGUGGUGUAUUACACUGAAGUCACCAGCUCUGAGUUCCUCUUCAAGACCCCUAGAGUGAUUCUGGAUCCCAAGAAAGGUAGGCGGGUUGAGGGAGGAGGAGGGGCUGAGGAGGGUGUGUGUGUGUGUGUGUGUCCGUCCGUUUGUGUAAGGGGGUGCAUGUAAGAUCAACAUUCUCUCUACUAGCAGCAAGCUAGUUGCUCUACCAUAUUUCUAAAGCUGGAGCCACAGAAAAUACAUGAAAAUGAAAAUAAAACUCAACGAGACAAAGCAUAUCCUAAGUCAUCCCUGUGUGUUUUCCCAGCUGAGAAGCAGGUGAUGGAGGUGCGUUCCCAGGAAUAA